UGGGCCCACGGGGGAUGCAGCUCUCGGGGGGGCAGGCACAGGGGGUGGCGCUGGCCCGGGCCCUGCUCAGGACCCCCCGGCUGCUGGUGCUGGACGAGCCCACGCGGGCACUUGACUCCGAGACCCGGCGCCAGGUGGAGCAGGAGCUGCUGUCUCCUGGUGGCCUCAGGGCCGGGGAGGGGCCGGCGGUGCUGCUGGUGACAGGACAGGUGGCCCUGGCCCGGCGGGCACCCAGGGUGGCCCUGCUGGAGGGGGGGCGGCUGCGGGAGCUGGGCAGCCCUGGGGAGCUGGGGACACCCCCCUGGGAGACAGCAGGGGAUAGCAGGGACACCUGGGAA